AUGGGGGAGCGACGCAAGCUUGGCGAUGUCGCCAUGGACCUCCUGCUCUUUGCCGGCAUGAUGACCGCCGGCCUCUACGUUGCGCGAACCUUUCUUAACCCAAUCCUCAGCAACCUCGCCGACCCGGACAAGGAGAAGCACGACCAAGCGAGACGUCAGGCCAAGGCACACCUCGAGCGCCUAAACCGGCAACGACAAGUCGAUGAUGACUAUGACGACGACGACAGCGGUUCAAGGAGAGGACCCCGAGUGGAGGAGCUGGUUCUCAACGAAUACGAAAACCUGGUGGCGUUGGAAAUGGUCCCUCCCCAGGACAUAUCCGUCGGGUUUGAUGAUAUUGGUGGCUUGGACACCAUCAUCGAGGAACUGAAGGAGUCUGUCAUCUAUCCUCUCACGAUGCCGCAUCUCUACUCGCACGCCGCGCCCCUACUCUCAGCACCUUCAGGAGUGUUGCUAUAUGGACCACCUGGAUGUGGCAAGACGAUGCUGGCGAAGGCUGUUGCCCACGAGAGUGGGGCUUCCUUCAUCAAUCUGCACAUUUCGACAUUGACGGAGAAGUGGUAUGGAGAUUCCAACAAGAUUGUCCGGGCUGUCUUCUCGCUGGCACGCAAAAUGCAGCCUGCCAUCAUCUUCAUCGAUGAGAUUGACGCCGUUCUUGGGACCCGAAGGAGCGGCGAGCACGAGGCCAGCGGCAUGGUCAAAGCUGAAUUCAUGACCUUGUGGGACGGACUGACGUCGUCAAAUUCUUCCGGCAUGCCCGCCCGUAUCAUGGUUUUGGGAGCCACCAACCGCAUUCACGACAUUGACGAGGCCAUCCUCCGCCGUAUGCCCAAAAAGUUUCCCGUACCUCUGCCAGGCAAGGAGCAACGCCGCCGGAUAUUGCAACUGAUCUUGCAAGACACUACGACGGACCCCAAUCACUUUAACCUAGAAUAUGUCUCCAAGAUUACCGCAGGUCUCUCGGGCAGCGACAUUAAGGAGGCCUGCCGAGACGCGGCCAUGGUCCCUGUUCGUGAGUACAUGCGACAACACCGACAAAAGGGUGGGUCGAUGUCGGCGGUGGACCCGACGCAGUUCCGGGCACUGAGGAGCGACGACUUCUUGGGGCGAGAAGGGGGACAGAUUAAGGCAAAUGUAACGGCGACGUCCCGGCGGUCAGGCGGCGAGACUACCGAGUACGAGGAUGUGGAUGAGUUGGUGGCGGAGGAACAGGAUUAG